ACAGUGCCGUGGACUGUACUCCGUUCAACUCUGUUUAUCGCACAAUAAACAGUGCCUCCUUUGCAAAAUCCACUUCCUGUGGCUAGUGCUCUCUCUCUCGAUCACUCCUUCCAUCCUGACGAGGAGGGUGCGAGUGUACUGGUGGAUUUUUAUCCUCGGGAUGUUUUAAUUGUUUCACUUCUGACACUUCUUAUGUGGACGGUUUUCUCCGAGUGAAGCCUCUUCUCCUGUGCUGUGUGGUGACCAUUCUUAAGUGCCUUGUUGCUGAACAUCAUGUAAGGAAAUAACUCCUAAGCUGGUGAAGCUAAGUUGGUCGACACUUGAAAAUCUGAUGUUGAUGCGGAAUGUUACCACGAAGUCAUAGUGAUGAACGGGAUGAGACAAAGGAAACUGGCAUCUUCCAGUCCAAAAGGAGAGACCUGGGCAAGAAGAGGGCCCAGAGCCUCAAGGUCCGACAUGGCUUUUGUAAGAAGAUUCAAAAAGUUCUUCAGGGCCCAGCAGAGUUGGAGACUUAUAACGUUCAACACACCUCUGCAGAAGUGGAGGAAGACAUGUUCAUCUAUGGAAUAAGCCGGGAACCUUCUAGCUAUGAGUCUGGUAUCACCUCAAAUAAGAGUCCUGUUAAAGCAGACAAUAAACGCCUCAUGGGGGAGAUUAAGUUAAACAGUGAAAAUACCCCCAAGAACUCAAGCUCAGUACCAGAUAACAUCCCAGAUUUCAUGGACAAAAGAACCAACAUGGAAGAGCCACAAACACUUGGAAAAGAAGAGGCAGAAGGUAGAGGAAGAAGCAAGGAAAGACGUUCCAGCACUAUAGUAGAGCAUAUUCUUAAAGAGCUUCAAGGAAUCAAUAAAAUUCAGGAGGAGAUCUCCGACUUGAGGCAGUAUCUGAACUCCGUGAGCGGCUCUGUCGAUGAGGUGUCCUUCUGUGUGGAUUCUGUGCUAAUGGAAAUUGAGGGACUCUAUACUGCAAGUACUGGUCAACCUUCACCUCAAAGGCUAACGGUUAAUCACAAAAGUGAAAAUGAUCUUGCAGUUACCCCAAGACGAAGUCCAAUGCGAAAGAGGCCUGAAAAGAAUGAAACUCCUUAUUGUAAUGUACAAAGAAAGUCCAGAACCCAUCAUGCUGAGGUUUCAGACAACUCUGAUGCAUCAUCCUGCAGAGUACACCCUUCCACUUACGCUGAUGAUGACGGGGAUUAUAGCCAGGAUUUCCCAAGUUCUAGUUCUUUGUCAGGUCAAAGCUUUAAGAGUAUAGAGCCUGAAGGUCGUUACCAUUCCAUGGAGGCAGAUCUACAAAGGGCUGGCUGGGAUACCUCAGGUAUGCGUUUAAGUGAAAGUGGAGAAGGAGAAUGGAGUGGGGAUACAGGGUGGAGUGAGGAGGAUUGCUGCUCUUGCCAGAACAGUGUCAAUGAUUUAGAAGACCACAGACAGUCUGAUAGCUGGUGUAGAUAUAAUGGUGGAGCAGCCAGCAGCACUCCAGGCCACUCUUCCCGAAGCAGCUCUGAGCAUCUUUCUUUACUAUUUGGACAUCAGUAUAACUCCUUAUCAAGUUUGUCCAGUGCUGCAGACUGGAGACAUCCCAGGAGACAUACAGGCCUCCAUAUUGAAUGUGAUUGUACACUGAAUUGCCCAUAUUCUCGUAGUUCAGGUUACCACACCCUGGAUGCAUAUGUAGAUGACUUGUGCAGUGGCCCAUCCACAAGCGUUAGCUGUUCCACAUUGGUGUUGACAGAUUAUGAUGACGUCUGCCAUGAUUUGAACUCUUCUUGUGAAAAUUGCCUGAAUGUUGGUGUGUAUUCUGGAGACAGCACAGAGAGAGACUUGCACAAGAAGGUUUACCCAAGCAUGUCUGCAGAACAGCUUGCUCGAGAUGACUCUGAGAAUAUGGAUAACUUCCCACAGCAUAAUGCUGGGAUCGAUGUAGUAAAGAUAAACAAAGCCAUGCUGACCUUUCAGUCUGCUCUUCACGGAGCUAUGAAGAGGCUUGACGCAUCCGAUGAGAAUAGUUCUGACAUUCUUGAACACCAUUCCGAUGAACUUGUGGAGGAUGACUCAACUGUAGCGGGAUCUGAUUUAGAUCAGGUUAUAACCAGCACUGAGACCUUAGAUCAAAGCUUGUCACCUGUCAAGAGAAGAUUUCAAGAAGAAUUUGACCUAAGUGAACUACAAAUGGACCAAACGAACAACUCGGAGAUCUUUGAUCCUCAGGAAUCAACUUCUGGUACAGUGUCUCCAUCUUGUAUUCAAACUGAAUUCUACUCAAUGGACCAUUCAUCCAUUGAAGAUGAACCUCUAACAGAUCAAGAGCUUUUGCAUGAAGCCGGUUCUCUUGAAUUUAUCUCGGCGACAGUAGAGAGCAGUCACUGGGAGUUGGGUCAUAAGGAAGUGACCCAAUUUGUCUGUCAAGGCACUGAGCCAGGAUCUCUUGGGACAGUGCUUGAAGCAGAGGCUGAGUUUGAUCAAGUAGAGGCUCAGGUAAACUCGGGCAAUGACGACCCUGACCAGGUAGACUCUCACCACCAGAAGUGCCUUGCCAAUAUCCAGCGUGUUCUCAAGGAGCAGAGACAAAGACAUAGAUUGUCCCAGAUUUCUAGAGAGUCAAAGCAUAUUUUUUCAGAGCAAGAAUUCACUCCAGGUACAAUUUCCACGUGUGUCUGUGUCUUUAAAAAUGUUUUAAUCUUUUUGCAGUAAACUUACCAUAGCUGUUUUGUCUUGAUCUGUCUUGCAGACGAAAGCAGUGAGGUUUCUCAGGUCACUUUACAACUGAAAUUGCACUCAUGUAUUUCCAUCGUGUCUUAUUCAUAACUUAAAGCAUGCUGAGUUUAUCAUUGCAUGUGACCAAUACAGAAUAUUGUCCUCAGUCUCAGUGACUUGUGUCUGUUUUUAUCACCAUGCUAUUUUUUUAAAAGUACCAUGUGUUAUUUUAAUAAAUCUAAGAGCUUUGGCAUCGCACAUCCUUGGAGGAAACACAAAGAUGAAGCACCAUUGUCUUUGUGGUUAAUUCAUGAAAGUGGUGAAACUCAACCAAUCAUCAUUUAUCUUGCUUUUUAUCAUGUAGCUUUUUUGCUUUUCUUCAGAAAGUCUCCUUUCACAAGACUGAAAUACCAAUCAGAAUUGUUUCUCUAAA